AUGGCGGCCCAAGACAAGCGUAACAUCGUUAUAAUAGGUGGCGGCAUCAUCGGCUGCACCACUGCCUACUUCCUCUCCCACCAUCCCACGUUUUCACUAGCCACACAUAGCAUCACCCUGCUCGAAGCAACAGACGUCGCCUCCGCUGCCUCGGGAAAGGCCGGUGGCCUCCUUGCCCUCUGGGCGUAUCCCAAUUGCCUUGUGCCCCUCUCCUUCCGCCUGCAUGCUGAGCUUGCCGAGCGUCACGAUGGUGUCCGGAGGUGGGGCUACCGCCACCUCCAUUGCGGCUCCAUCUCAGCCACCGUCACUCCUGAGAAGCUCGCUAGUUUCGCCGACAAGAGCCCCCGCCGUGGUGAUGGGGCGCCCGCGGAAAACACCGACGUCGAGCCGGCCAAGGACUGGGAAAAGUUGCCGAAGCAGAGCGCGGACGCCGUCCAACUAUUGCAAGAGGCGGGCGUCCCCCUGGACCUAGACUGGGUCGAUCCCGAAACGCUCGACGGCUAUUGUGAAAUGGGGAGACCCGGCGCCACGAAAACAGCCCAAGUCCAUCCUUUCCAGUUUACGACGGCGAUCGCCGAGCUGGCGCGUGAAGAGGGCGUGGACAUUCGCACGGGCGCCCAGGUGACGCAGAUCAAGACGUCGGAUGGAGGGGUCGACAGCAUAGAGUACAGAGACCGCAAAACGGGCGAGGUCCACGUUCUCAAAGAGUAUACGGACGUCGUCGUCGUUGUUUUCGAGGCCGAGGUGAGCCCCUGGGCCAUAUUUACCGAUAUCGCCCUUCCGCGAGACUAUGUCCCACCCCACCGGGCGAAAAAGGGGCAGAAGCGGAAGCACAAGCGAGGCGUUGAUCCCGAGAUUUAUGCGCGACCUAACAACGAAGUCUACGCAUGUGGCGAACCUGACUCCGCCAUUCCUCUCCCCGAAACCGCCGAUCUAGUCCAGACCGACCCUGACCAGUGCGAAGACCUAGUAGCCUACAUCUCCACCAUCAGUCCCGCCCUCCGCGCCGCCCCCGUCAAGGCUCGCCAGGCUUGCUACCUGCCUCGCCACAUGCGCUCGGGUGACGAACGGGGACCCUUGAUUGGGCCCACGUUGACACCAGGUCUCUGGGUCGCCGCCGGGCACACCUGCUGGGGUAUUCAGAACGGGCCAGCUACGGGCUAUCUGAUGGCGCAGUAUAUUCUCGAAGGCAAGGCAUCUGCCGCCGACAUCGCGGAGCUAGAUCCAAGGACGCUCAAAGUAUGA